ACAUGCAAUUGUAAUUGUAGGGGACUUUAAUGCACCCCACGCGGCUUGGGGAUACCGUUUGGAGAACGUCAAGGGUCGUAAUCUAUGGUUAGACGCUCAGCAGGAGGGUCUCACUCUCGUAACGGAUCCACAGGCGCCCACUAGGAUGGGUAACAGUGUGAGCAAUGACACCACACCAGACCUAACUUUUACAAAAGACACACCUGAUGCAAAAUGGAUAAACACACAAGAAAAUCUGGGUAGUGAUCACUUCAUUGUAGCAACAACUGUACACGCAGGCCCAUCAAGAAAGAAAGGCAGGAAAAUAAUGAUUGUCGAAUGGGACUCCUUCCGCAAAAUCCGGGAGGAGGAAGCUGAUGAAGUUAUACAUGACAUCGAGAUUUGGACUAAAAAACUUCAUCAAAGUGUGAUACGAGCCACUAAGACUAUUCCGGAAAAAGCGGGGAUAGAGGAGGCGGACAGCAAACUCCUACAUAUGUGGGAGGCAAAAAGCAGCAUGCAGAAACGCUGGAGACAGCGAAAACUUAAUAGAAACCUGAGAAGGAAAAUCGCCAUGCUCAAUAAGGAAAUAGAGGACUAUGCGAAUAGAUUAAGCCGUCAAAAUUGGGAGGCCACGUGCAACGCCAUGGAGAGACAGAUAGCGCUACCUAAAACCUGGAAUCUUCUGCGUUAUCUUUUAGACCCGGAAAACAGCAAGUCCACACAACGACACUGCCUGCACAAAAUAAUUCACAGAUACAAAGGCACGGAAGAAGAACUUUUACAGGAACUUCAAAGGCUAUACGUAGGAAAUACAACCAAAGAACAACAACAUCCAUAUACUGGUAAGGAAAACCCGUAUCUUGACAGCCCCAUAACCGAGGCUGAAGUUCGAGCGGAACUCAUCAGGCUCAACACGAAAUCCACGCCAGGCCCGGAUGGAAUCACCAACAAGAUCCUGAGAAAUCUCGAUGAUGAAUCUAUCUCGGCCCUCACCAAGUAUAUUAACAACUGCUGGGAACAGGGUAAUAUUCCACGUCAAUGGAAAACCGCCCAGGUUAUAAUGAUUCCAAAGCCGGGAAAGAAACUUCAACUUGAGAAUCUCAGGCCUAUAUCGUUAACGUCGUGUGCUGGCAAGCUCAUGGAGCACGUCAUCCUCACACGUCUAACUAAUUACAUGGAAGACAACGGCCUUUUCCCGCACACCAUGAUUGGGUUUAGACCAAAACUGUCCACACAAGACAUUAUGUUGCAAAUCAAACACCAAAUCAUAGACGCGGGACCUCAAACACUAGAUACAAAAGCUAUCCUUAGUCUUGAUCUUACGAAGGCUUUUGAUAAUAUCACCCACAGGGCUAUUUUAGAAAACUUACAAGGCCUAGGAGUGGGGCAACGAACCCAUGCGUAUGUUAAAGACUUUCUCUCUGACCGUAUUGCGCAAAUCACAAUCGGUGAAGUGAAAUCCAAAGAGAUAGAACUCGGAAGCCGGGGCACACCACAAGGAUCAGUCUUAUCUCCCUUUCUUUUCAAUGUAGCUAUGAUUGGCCUGCCAGCAGAACUAGAAAAUAUAGAUGGAUUACAGCAUAGCCUGUACGCCGAUGAUAUCACCCUUUGGGUAACAGGUGGAAGUGAUGGGCAGAUUGAGGAAAUCCUCCAAACAGCCAUACAUAUGGUUGAGAAAUAUGUCGUGGAUAAAGGAUUGAGAUGCUCGCCGCAAAAAUCAGAAUUACUUCUAUACCGACCGACACGCAGGGGCCGUAAGAGUUCUACGGAUAAACCAAACAUCACGCUUUUUGUAAAUGGCAACCAAAUACCAAUUGUCGACAGCAUUAGAGUCCUCGGCCUCCACGUAUCAGCGAACGGUCACAACGGGGAAACAAUCAGAAUACUAGAAAACAGCGCACAACAAACAAUGAGACUAAUUAAGAGAAUUGCUAAUCGCCAUUAUGGGAUGAAAGAGAACAAUCUGGUACGACUAGUCCAGGCUUUUGUCAUCAGCCGCAUAGUAUAUGUAACCCCUUACCUAAAUCUCCAAGUAGCAGAAAAGACAAACAUCGAAGGCAUCAUUAGACGAUCAUUCAAACAAGCCAUAGGUUUGCCGAUAAACACAUCGAAUGACAGGCUGCUAGCUUUAGGUGUCCACAACACGCUCGAAGAACUCAUAGAAGCCCAUACGAUAGCGCAAUAUGAAAGACUCUCGCAAACACCUACUGGCAGACACAUACUUAACAAGCUUAGAAUAACAUACGCAUCACAAUAUGGCACUAAAGUAGGCAUUCCCCACGACAUAAGGAAGAAGCUUAUUAUCCCACCGCUACCCAAAAACAUGCAUCCCGAGCACCACAGGGAAAGGCGGGAGGAAAGGGCAAGGGCUAUGCAUAGGAGAUUUCAACGCUCUCAGGACGUGGUGUACGUCGACGCGGCAGAGUACACGACUAAUCAGAAUAUGUGUAUCGUUGCAGUGAACUCAGAAGGUGAGCCUAAAGUCAGCGGAUCUAUUAAAACCAACAGAGCCGAGGUGGCUGAGGAAUCGGCCAUUGCUCUCGCAAUGGCUUCCACACUGGCCACGAUAAUAGUCAGUGAUUCUAAAACCGCCAUUUUAAAUUACGCAAAGGGGCGCAUUUCGCCGGAAUCACAACGUAUCCUGGCAAACUUCCGCGGUGAGCGAGUUGUCCAUAUCAUCUGGGCGCCUGCGCACUCCUCCCUCCCCGGCAAUGAGGCGGCCGACACCGUGGCUCGAGGACUCACAAGCCGAGCCACCGGGGCGCCGCGGCUGGGGCUGACAGGGGACCGGAUGGUUGGCUACAGGGAGAUAACUAACCAUUACAGAUUGGAGAGGGUGCGUUUUCCUCCCGCACACGCAUCACUUAAUAAGCAGCAGGCGGUGGCAUGGCGCCUCCUUCAAACAAAUACAUAUCCAAAUCCGGUGACUUAUAAUCAUUAUUACCCAGACCAACAUUCGGCCAAUUGUAAAUUUUGACAAGAAAGGGCGGACCUGGAUCACAUUAUCUGGGCCUGCCCUCGGGCGCCCCGACAGGGCCAAAAAAUUCAGGAUCGGAAGCAGUGGGAGACCGUGUUGCUCAGCUCGGCCCCCGAAGACCAACUUCUGGCUGUCCAGCAGGCCGAGGAUGCCGCUAGAGCCCAAGGGCUUCUGGCCGCCAUCUAGGCGGGGUUGGCCCCCCCACAAAUCUGCCGGCUAUAUAAAUAAAAGUUAUUUC